ACGCCACGGAGCGCUCUGUGGCCCGCGAGCGCCGCGGCCCCUUUAAGAGCCGGGCCCAGGCUGGCCCGCGGGCCGAGGGAGCCCAUUGCGCCGCGCGCGUCGGAGGAGUUGGGAGCCGGCGCAAAAGUUUCCUCCCAACUCUGGCCUCGCGCGCCGCCGCCGCCGCCCACUCCAGCCCGGGGCCUGGGGCCGGCCCUGCCACGGUCGCCAGGGCCACCGCCAGAGGCAGGGCUGGGCUGGGCCGGGCCGCACCCGCAGUUUCACUUUGGCGCGUGGAACCUCCGCCUGCGCCCGGCAGACCCUCCGCUUCCCCCGGUCUCCGCGCCCGCGUUCCCGCCCUCGGCCUCCCGUGGGGCUGCAGGGGAGCGGCCGUGGGUCCGGGCCCCGGAGGUACGCGCGGGACGGCGUGGUGUCCGCCCCACGUCCCCCGACGGAGGGGCUGUGCCCGGGGGCCAGGCACCUGUUCGGCCCAGCCCAGCUCGAGAGCCCAGGGCCAGGAUGAAAGUGACAGUGUGCUUCGGGAGGACCAGCAUCGUGGUGCCCUGCAAGGACGGCCAGCUGCGGGUCCGCGAGCUUACCCAGCAGGCGCUGCAGCGGUACCUGAAGACCCGGGACCAGGAUCCUGGAUACUGGGUGAAGAUUCAUCACUUAGAAUACACAGAUGGAGGAAUCCUGGAUCCUGAUGACGUCUUAGCAGAUGUUGUUGAAGACAAAGAUAAGUGUUGUUGGACUCGUUUGCAGCUGAUUGCUGUGUUUGACGAACAAGAGCCACUCCAAAAGAUUGAGAGCCCCAGUGGAAACCCUGUGGAUCGUCAGAGCCCAGACGCUUUCGAGACAGAAGUGGCUGCCCAACUGGCUGCAUUUAAACCGAUCGGCGGGGAAAUCGUUGUAACCCCUUCUGCUCUGAAGUUAGGCACUCCACUGCUGGUUAGGAGAAGCAGUGACCCAGCACCAGGGCCCCAUGCUGAUGCCCAGCCAAGCACUGCAAGCCUGAGUGGCCAGAGUUUGAAACCUGUUGUUCUGGAUCCCGUCCAGAACAUGGAAAACAGAGAAGUUAUGAAUGGUGAACAGACAGGGCUGCUUGCACUGCCCAGAACCAAGGAUGAACUGAGUGAUAUGACGAGAGCCGUGGAGAUUUCUGGGGAAGGAGACCCCCUGGGGAUCCACGUGGUGCCCUUCUUUUCCUCCCUGAGUGGACGGAUCCUAGGACUCUUCAUCCGAGGCAUCGAAGAAAACAGCAGGUGCAAGCAGGAAGGACUGUUUCAGGAGAAUGAAUGCAUUGUAAAAAUCAACAACGUGGAACUCUUGGACAAAACUUUUGCUCAGGCCCAAGAUGUCUUCCGUCAAGCAAUGAAAUCUCCCAGUGUGGUCCUCCAUGUGCUUCUGCCUCAGAAUCGUGAGCAAUAUGAAAAAUCAGUGAUUGGACCGCUGAACAUUUUUGGCAACAAUGACGGGGCUUCGAGAACAAAGGCACCAGUACCUCCUGCCCGAGGGAAACCAGGACUAAAGGCAGUAAAUCCAACAAGAGCAAACAGCCCCGAAGGACAAGAGUCAGCCCCCCCGCAGCUCAGCAAGAGCCCCCGAGUCCCAAGACUAGGAAGAAAACCGUCCUCUCCCUCACUCUCCCCUCUCAUGGGGUUCGGCAGCAAGAAAAAUGCAAAAAAAAUUAAGAUCGACCUAAAGAAAGGCCCUGAAGGACUUGGUUUCACUGUGGUAACCAGAGAUUCUUCUAUACAUGGUCCUGGUCCCAUUUUUGUCAAAAACAUCUUACCAAAGGGAGCAGCAGUAAAGGAUGGCCGCCUACAGUCAGGGGACAGAAUUUUGGAGGUAAAUGGCAGAGAUGUCACAGGAAGAACCCAGGAAGAACUCGUGGCCAUGCUGAGGAGCACCAAACAGGGAGAGACAGUAUCACUGGUCAUUGUCCGCCAAGAAGGGAGCUUCCUGCCCCGGGAGCUGAAAGGAGAACCUGAUUGUUAUGCGCUCUCCCUGGAGUCAAGUGAGCAGCUCACCUUGGAGAUCCCCCUGAAUGAUUCUGGCUCCGCUGGCCUUGGGGUUAGCCUGAAAGGGAAUAAAUCUCGAGAAACUGGAACUGACUUGGGGAUUUUUAUCAAAUCCAUCAUCCAUGGAGGUGCUGCUUUCAAGGAUGGCCGUCUCCGAAUGAAUGACCAACUGAUUGCUGUUAACGGGGAAACUCUUCUGGGAAAGUCCAACCACGAAGCCAUGGAAACACUCAGGAGAUCCAUGUCCAUGGAGGGAAACAUCCGGGGCAUGAUCCAGUUGGUGAUUCUCAGGAGACCGGAGAGACCACUGGAGGAGCUUUCGGAAUGUGGAGCACUUUCCAGACCGUGCUUUGAGAGCUGUCAAGAAGCUCUGUGCACCUCCAGGCGAAAUGAUAGUAGUAUAUUAUAUCCAUUUGGCACCUAUAGUCCACAAGAUAAGAGAAAAGACCUAUUGCUUCCCAGUGAUGGGUGGGCCGAGAAUGAAGUGCCGCCGUCCCCACCACCACAUCCUGCUCUGGAAUGGGGCCUUGAAGAUUUCAGUCACAGCUCUGGAGUGGAUUCCACAGGAUACUUUCCAGAUCAACAUGUCAACUUCAGACUUGUGACACCAGCCAGGCAGCCCGAAUCAAUUAACCUGAAAGCCUCCAAGAGCAUGGACCUCGUGCCAGAUGAAAGCAAAGUUCAGUCGUUGGCUGAUCACAGAUCAGACUCUCCAGGCAAAGAUUUUGGCCCAACUUUGGGUCUGAAAAAGUCCAGUUCCUUGGAGAGCCUACAGACUGCUGUGGCUGAAGUCAGGAAGAAUGACCUGCCCUUCCACAGGCCCAGACCACACAUGGUGCGAGGCCGGGGCUGCAACGAGAGCUUCCGGGCAGCCAUCGACAAAUCUUAUGAUGGGCCGGAAGAGGCAGAAGCUGAUGGUCUGUCUGAUAAGAGCUCUCGCUCAGGCCAUGUAGCUCUGAAUUGUGAGUCUGCCCCUCAGGGAAACCCCGAGCUAGACAAUGUGGAAAAUAAAGCCAAGAACAUCAAAAAAACAAAAGAGAAGGAGAAGAAAAAAGGAAAGGGCAAGCUGAAAGUCAAGGAAAAAAAGCAGAAGGAGGAACAUGAGGACGCAGAGAGGAAAAUGAAGAGGAAGGGCUUCGGAGCCAUGCUGAGAUUCGGAAAGAAGAAAGAUGAUAAGGUGGGGAAGGGCGAGCAGAAAGGGACGCAGAAGUCCGGGCACCCAGGAGAAGAUGAUCUGGAAAGAAUGAAAGAAGAAAGAGAGAGGAUUGGAGCAAAACAUCAGGAGAUAAGGGAAAAGCAAGCAAGAGGUCUUGUUGAUUAUGCCACUGCAGUGACUGGACCAGUGCAUGAUAUGGAUGAUGACGAAAUGGACCCCAAUUAUGCCAGAGUGAACCACUUUCGGGAACCAUGCACAUCAGCAAAUGUCUUUAGAUCUCCAUCUCCCCCUCGAGCUGGACCACUUGCUUACCCUCGGGAUGGACGUCCACUGUCUCCAGACCACUUAGAGGGUCUCUAUGCCAAGGUCAACAAGCCAUAUCAUCCACCAGCCCUAGCUGACAGUGGCCGACCCAUGGCUGGAACCACUGACCGCAUCCAGAAGCUUCGAAAGGAGUACUACCAGGCUCGGAGAGAAGGGCUCCUUCUGUAUGAAGAUGAAGACGGAAGAGCACGACCGUCUGACCAUGACCUCCGCUGGGUGUCUGGAAAGGGUCCAGAUGGGAGCGCGCACAACCUUCGCUUUGAGGGGAUGGAGCGGCAGUAUGCAUCCUUACCCAGGGGAGGCUCAGCAGAUCCCGUGGACUACCUGACAGCUUCGCCCCGAGGGCGCUACAAUGAAAGAGAGCUUCCAUACUACCCAGGGCCUCUUCCAGUGCAUCCACCAAGAGGGAGCUAUCCCCAGACCCCGGAUCUGAGGGUAACAGAUCUACGAUACCCACAGUACUAUCCGCCCCCACCAGCCCAUCAGCACAAAGGACCCUUCAGACAAGAUGUCCCUCCUUCACCGCCUCAGCACCAGCGGGUACCAGUCUACCAGGAGAUGGGAAGACCAGGGCCCCGAGGGGGCAGCCCAGACCAGUACCCCUAUCGUAACCAGGAUCCCAGGCAGAAGAAUCCCAUGACGGCAGCAGUAUAGCUGAAAACUACAGAGAUCUGCCAAACAAGGAAGACAUCCAACACCAUCUUUGCCAUUGCUAGAACCUAAGGCCUUCUCCGGGCUAAGGUGUCCUAUGGUACAGAGUGGCUCUUGCUUCCUGAGGAUGCAUGGCCUAACUGCUAAUCAGAGGAGGAAAGAGGGACAGGGGUUUGGGCAUGUGGAUUCAAAAAUGGAAGAAGGAUGCAGUCAUAAAAACAGUACUUCCUGAUACUUGAAAGGCUUGCAGGUUUGGUUGAUUCGAUGAGAGUGACAAUUGAUUAACAAUCAGUGGAGCUCCACUAUAGUUGCCACUGGCUGGAAAAUCA